AUGCCUACGCCAAGUGUUGACAGUGUGAAAGUAGCGGUGCGAGUGCGGCCUUUUAGUCAGACAGAGAAGAAUUCUGGGAGCAAAUGUGUGAUUUCCACGCAUUCCAGAACUACCACCACUACACAGGACCCUAAGAAUCCAGAGCAUGUGAAGACAUUUACUUUUGACCUGGCAUAUUGGUCUCACAAUGGAUUUCAAAGGGAUAAGGAUGGUGUCCUUAUUUCAGCUGAUCCUAGUCGUAAAUUUGCAGGCCAGAGAGACGUCUUCCAUGACCUUGCCAGGGGAGUUCUGGACAGUGCUUGGCAAGGCUAUAAUGCAACUCUCCUAGCCUACGGCCAAACUGGCUCUGGGAAAAGCUAUUCCAUUAUUGGGUUUGGUGCAAUCAAGGGUAUUAUUCCAACCGUGUAUGAGAAGCUCUUUCAAGCAAUUGAGAACCAGCGGAGAAAUCAAGAACACCAGGUUACGUUCAGUAUGCUAGAAAUUUACAAUGAACAGAUAAGAGAUUUACUGUCCAGAACCAAAAAACCUGGUGGGCUUAGAGUAAGGGAAGAUCAACAGCUGAGAUUUUACGUGGAAGGCCUGAAGUUGGUACCCUGUGAGAACUAUGCCCAAAUUGAAAGGCUGAUGGAACAAGGAACAAAAAUAAGGACCACGGCUUCCACCAACAUGAAUGCCAGCAGCAGCCAGUCUCACUUGGUCAUCACCAUCCAGUUCAAGCAGGUUUUCCUAGACAGAGAUCUCACCAAACAAUCCAGUAUUAAUUUGGUGGACCUGGCAGGAAGUGAGAGGCAGAAAUCUUCAGGAUCUGAAGGAGACAGACUGAAGGAAGGAUCACGCGUUAACUUAAGUUUAACCAAUUUGGGAAGUGUUAUCAGUGUUCUGGCUGAUGCAGCUAUGGGGAAGAAGGUCUUGCACAUUCCAUACAGAGAUUCUGUUCUGACCAAACUGCUCCAGUCAGCUCUGGGUGGGAACAGCAGAACCGCUUUGAUCGCAGCCGUAAGUCCAGCUGACAUCUGCUAUGAGGAAACUCUAUCGACAUUAAGAUAUGCGGAAAGGGCUUAAAAGAUCCGGAACAAAGCAGUGGUCAACACCUGGACACUGAUGAGAAAGUCAAGGGCGGAGAACAGCAAGCUGCUGCCCUGAUGCAGAAACUCCAUAAUGAUGACCUUCCCUCACCUUCUUAACGUCAGCGAGGACCCUCAGCUCACCGGGGUGCUCAAGUACUUCAUUCAAGCUGGUACUCCGCCGGCCCCCUGCCCUCGCCCUGCCCUCUCCCCACCCCACCCUCUUCUUAGAAUUUCAGAUAAACACGCUUCCUUCACAAAUGCCGACGGUAAAGUGACGGUCACUCCACACAGCAAAUGCAAGGUUGCCGUUAAUGGGGUGCCCAUCACCACCAGGACAAAGCUGCAGCAUUUGGACCCCCUGAUUUUGGGAUCCAACAGCACCUACCUGUACGUGGGGUUUCCUUCGGAGUGGGGCAGUGAGGACCUGAGCAGGUUGGAUUACGACUUCUUCCAGCUGGAGAGGGCGGCUGCGGAGGGAGCGAGUGCAGACAAACUCGGUGCUGCGGACGGUGGAGACGGCAAGGCAGGCCCCAGUGUCCUGGCUGCGUUCCAGGACUACAUCAAACUGAUGCCGCGUUCAGAAGCAAAUCAAAUGAGUGAAGAGCUGAAGCAGGGACUUAACAUGGAAUUGAAGGUGAAAAAUUUGGCAUCGUCAGAUUCCAGGGGCUAUGACCUACAGAAUGAGGUCUUGGUGAAGGUGACCCACCACGGGUCUCACGAGGUGUGGAUAUGGUCAAAAGCCAAGUACAUCAACAGGAAAUUCCUAAUGCACGAACUUUACCGGCGCUUUCUAGAUGGAGAUCACGGCCCUGUGGCUCAAGAAGACGACCCUUUCCGGGAUCCUGUCGAGGUCGUCCGCUUGGGCUCAGCUCACAUCUGGCUCCAGUCGCUGGCCUACUGCAUGAAGCUGGAGGAGCAAGUGGAGUUUCUGAACUGUGAUGGGCUGGAGGAGGCGGUGCUGCAUACCUGCAUAGCACCCUGCUCCCCAACAGGACAAACGCAUGGCGAGGAGGAUGUGGUUAUCAACCCUUUGGAGCUGCUGGGCAAGAGGAUGGAUUUUCAGAUUCACAUUGUCCGGUGCCUUGGCGUCAACUGGAUGAAGGAAGAUGCAAAGCGGGGCAUUCAGAUAGGGUACAGAAUUUAUGACCUUCCAAACACUAUCUAUACCAAACCUGUAUGGAAAAGUGUGAAUCCACAAAUUGAAGAGACUGUCCAAUUUGCAGCCUUAACUGCAUCUCAGGAGUUUCUGAAUUAUUUGCGGACAAAUGCCCUUAUUGUUGACCUAUGGGGCCUUCAAGAAGGCUGCACCGAGCUGAGCUGCUCUCAGCUGGACCUCAUGGUCACAGGUGAAGGCCACAUCCUGGUAGACACCAAGAAAAUUUCCACUGUGAAGGAUAUAAGCCAAGCAGCAUCAAACCAGAUACCAGAACUUUAUCUGAAGCUGCUCAAGCUAGAGCAGGAGACAGAACUGCUCAGGAACAUUAACAGAGCCCUGAGAGAGGAGAACGUGCUUCUCAAAGAAUCACUUGCGAAAAUUGCUUCUGGUCAAGCCCCGAAGCCUUCCAACACUCUGAAGAUCAGCGGGAUGACUGCGUAACUGCCAUCCGCCGGGGAGAUGAGCCAAAUGUGCACACAGCAAGCCGGCUCUGACCGAGAGCUUGCCAAGGCUCUGAAGGUGUUCUACCAAAGCAUGAACACGGCAAGAGGGCAGCUUUUCAGACUCAGACGGCACCAACCUCCGGAAGAUGACCAAAUGCUUCAACCGUUUAUAUACCAACGGUCACAGAUGUUUAAGGAUUUGGGGGAUCUACUUGAAUCCAGCUUGUGGAAAGUGAAAAAUGACGUUGCUCUUAUAGUGAAAAAGAAGAGAGAAUAUUUACUGCACAUCAAAUAG